GGCCGGGAUCUUGCGUUGCCGGCGCCGGCAUUCACCAGCGGAUCUUUCUGGGAUCUUCACCUUCACCUUGAGGACCUGGUGGGGUUCCUGGAGAUAAAGCCCACAGAAGUGUGCCAGCCCCCAGGACUGCAUUCUGGAGUUUCUAACGCUCAUGCCAGUUCACACCCAACUCCAGCACAAGUUUAUGGCUCCAGCAGCGUUUGCUCCAGGAAACUGAAAAUGGCCCUUCAGCUAUGCUAGGUUUAUAAUGGGAAGCGUCACAGUUCGAUAUUUCUGUUAUGGAUGCCUUUUUACAUCUGCGACCUGGACGGUUUUGCUUUUUGUUUAUUUCAACUUCAGUGAAGUGACUCAGCCACUUAAGAAUGUGCCCAUCAAGGGGUCUGGGCCCCAUGGGCCAUUCCCCAAAAAAUUCUAUCCCCGUUUCACCCGGGGCCCAAGUCGAAUAUUAGAAUUACAGUUCAAAGCAAACAAGAUUGAUGAGGUGAUAGAUAAUCAUAUUGAAGAUGCAGAAAAAGGCAACAUGAAAUUCUCUUCUGAAUUGGGUAUGAUUUUUAAUGAACAUGAUCAGGAGUUGAGAGACUUGGGGUAUCAGAAGCAUGCCUUCAAUCUCCUUAUUAGCAACCGCUUGGGCCACCACAGAGAUGUGCCAGAUACAAGGAAUGCAGCAUGUAAAGAUAAGAUAUACCCUACAGAUCUGCCAGUUGCUAGUGUUGUUAUUUGUUUCUACAACGAAGCCUUGUCUGCUUUGCUGCGGACUGUGCACAGCGUCCUGGACCGCACACCAGCCCGGCUUCUCCAUGAAAUCAUCCUUGUGGAUGACAGCAGCGACUUCGAUGACUUGAAAGGAGAAUUAGAUGAAUUUGUCCAAAAACAUCUCCCUGGAAAAAUUAAAUUAAUAAGAAAUACAAAACGUGAGGGAUUAAUUCGAGGAAGAAUGAUAGGAGCAGCUCAUGCAACAGGAGAAGUCCUGGUGUUCCUGGACAGCCACUGUGAAGUGAACGUGAUGUGGCUGCAGCCCUUGCUGGCUGCCAUCCGGGAGGACCGGCGGACCGUUGUGUGCCCAGUGAUCGACAUCAUCAGUGCGGACACUCUGGCCUACAGCUCGUCCCCUGUGGUGCGUGGAGGGUUCAACUGGGGACUGCACUUCAAAUGGGAUCUUGUUCCCCUUUCUGAGCUCGAAGGACCAGAAGGAGCUACUGCACCGAUAAAGUCACCAACAAUGGCUGGAGGACUGUUUGCCAUGAAUAGAAGCUACUUCAGUGAACUUGGGCAAUAUGACAGUGGCAUGGAUAUCUGGGGAGGAGAAAACUUGGAAAUAUCAUUUCGGAUUUGGAUGUGUGGGGGUAAGCUCUUCAUCAUCCCUUGCUCCAGAGUCGGACACAUUUUCCGGAAAAGGCGACCCUAUGGUUCCCCUGAAGGCCAGGACACCAUGACACAUAACUCCUUGAGGCUGGCACACGUUUGGUUGGAUGAAUAUAAGGAGCAGUAUUUUUCCUUAAGACCUGAUCUGAGGACAAGAAGCUAUGGAAAUGUCAGUGAGCGUGUUGAAUUGAGGAAGAAGUUGGGUUGUAAAUCAUUUAAAUGGUAUUUGGAUAGCAUUUACCCAGAGAUGCAGAUAUCUGGGCCCAAUGCCAAACCCCAGCAACCCAUUUUUAUCAACAGAGGGCCAAAACGCCCCAAAAUCCUUCAGCGUGGAAGGGUAAGAAAUGAUAAGAGCAUGACUUUUAUCUGGAUUUAUAAUGAAGAGCAUGAAUUGGUUUUAAGUAAUCUCCUUUGCCUGGAUAUGUCAGAAACUCGAUCAUCUGACCCACCCCGACUCAUGAAGUGCCAUGGAUCGGGAGGAUCCCAGCAGUGGACCUUCGGGAAGAAUAAUCGGCUGUACCAGGUGUCAGUUGGACAGUGCCUGAAAGCGGUUGAUCCACUGAGUCACAAAGGCUAUGUUGCUAUGGCAAUCUGUGAUGGCUCCUCCUCACAGCAGUGGCAUUUGGAAGGUUAAGGCGGAUGCGAUGACUGGAAUGGAAUGCUUGUCCUGGGAAGAGCAGCAGACGUGAAACAGCAGACAUACUCUACUGUCUAUUUCGGAACACCAGGUGACCAUCAGGCGGUGAAGAAGUAUGUGACGUUGAGUUCAUUUCUAGGCCACUGUUAAGGAACUUCUUAUUUAAUGGUAGGAAAUCAGAAUACAGUUUUAAUAUAAUGAGUCAGGUUUAUACAGAAGGAUUAUACCCAGGAAAUUGCUAGGUCUAUUCAAAUUAGUUUAUGCUUUUUAAUCCCCUUUAAUAAUGGAAUGGAACGUGUCAUGAUUUCCUUUCUUAGAAGAAUUCAAAGCAGACUAGUUAACUUUAAACAAACUGGCUGAAUCCACACAUUGUUUAUAAGAUAUUUAAGGGGUGGUUAACUACUAUAAAUUAUUUUCAUGAAUUAUGGUACUAUAGACAUUUAAAAUAAAGAAUCCUUUUAAUUAUUUACCUUUUUGUAGUGGAGACUCAGGUCUGAGCUGUCCUAUGUCUGUGAUGCAUGGUAAGAAAUAAACUUGGAUUCAGCUGAUGAA